UUUUUCCUUCAUUUUAGAUGACAUGUUAAGGCAUUAUAGCAAUCAAGACACCUUUUUAAUUGAAUUAAAACAAUCAGAAUUAGAUAGACAUACUUUUUAUGCCGUUACUUUAAUUGAACUUUUAACUGCCAACAACGACAUUCCUUUAAAUAAAAAUAAUAAAAUUUUAAAUUCCUUUAAUAUUCACAACCAUCAUCAUCAUCAAGAUACAGCUUCAGCUACUUCCUCUUCCUCUACUAAUUCAGAAAAUAUUUCUUCAAAUCACCAGCAACAGCAAAGGACAUCGGCUACUGUUUGGUGAAUUUUGGAGGAAGAAAAUUUUUAAACCUCUAUUUUAUAGACAAUAAUUAUUUUUUUACCUCUAAAUUGAGGACGAUACUU